CGUCUUUCAGCCGGUGAAGUCUUGUCAAGAUGGCCGAGGAAGGGAGUUCUUUGUUUUGUGAUGAUGAUAAGUCAUGUGAAAAACAUCCUAACGAAACUGAUGAGGACGGCGAAAAGUAUAUUUCGGCGCCAAUAGAUAAACUUGGACCUGCUGGAAGAUGGCUUCGACACCGUCUUCUCAGCUCAAUUCUCAUAGGAACACCUCCCCUUGUAGCGCUUCAGAGAAGACGUACCCCGUUAUGGACAAAGCUCAUGAAGCUGAACAGUUUCUUUGGCACAGAAGAUUUUUAUAUUCCCAUGGGGGUUUUUAUUCUUUGGAUCGUUGAUGCUAAACUUGGAAGGUUGUUGUGCCUACUGAUGGGUUUAGGUUUCUACACUGCUGGAUUCAUCAAGGAUGUUCUUUGCCUACCUCGGCCGGCAAACCCACCAAUUGUUCCCUUAGAAAGGGCUUCACAAACAUGGGGUCUUCCAAGUCACCAUGCUGUUUUGGGUGUACUGGUUCCUUGGUAUAUCUGGUUUUAUUCCUACAUUCACUUUUCUAUGCCUCAAUGGGGAUUUGCUGUCCUAUUUGGAUUAAUUGUCUACUGGUCAGUGUCUGUGAUGUUUAGUCGGCUUUACCUUGGUGUCCACAGUCCAGCAGAUAUUGUGGCUGGAGGAAUUAUUGGCUGCGUCAUUCUGGCAUACUGGAUAAAGAUUGACUCAAUUGUGGACAGAUCUAUCAGCUUUGGGGAUAAUGUUGUCCUUCAAGCCAUUGUUUACUCCUUGUUGUUGUUGUUUCUUCACCCUCGUCCUGAGCCCCGUACGCAGUCUCUGGUUGAAACGGUUGCAAUGACUGCUGUGUCAGUUGGUUUUGUAAUUGGCAAGGCCACAUCCACAAGACAGCCAUCCAUUUACAAAGCUAUCCUGGACUUUGAUAUUGAUGAUGUGUCCAACUUUACCUUGUUCUGGGUUUCCUCUGUGCGGUUAUUGCUUGGUUACACCCUUGUAAUACUUACAAGAAUGCUCUGUAAGAUUGUGUUCAAAAACUUGCUGAACAAUCUUUUCCGAGUGUUGGACUUGGAAUGCUUUGAAAUAACAAAAGUUAAUUAUGACUCAAGUGAGAGGAUGUAUGGCCCUUCGUUCAAACUGCCUCCUGUUUUUGACAAGAAAGGAAAGAAAAGAGGCAAAAAAUCCCAGCCUGAUGUGGAGGAUGGCAGCCCAAAGUACAACUUACUCUUUGUUGUCAACUAUGUCUCAUAUGUGUGUGUAGGAUGGGUGGCAAUAAGUGGUGUACCACUCCUUUGUCACAGUAUUGGACUGGUACUUUAGACCGACAUUGGUGUGUGUGGCCAACAUUGUUAUCUCUCUGUGCAUUAUUAGGCUACCAAAUUUACACUGGAAUAGUAUUGGAACAGUACUGUCCCUUUACAUUCUUUAAUAGUUACACAUCUAAUACAUUAAGAGCAUUAUGUUAGAUAUUAUAGAAAAUAGUUGAAUGGGUUAGUUAUUGCUUUAAAUUGUUACUGAAGGAUAGACUGGUCAGUUGGAAGUUCUAUUGAAUAUAGUAACCAUCUAAGACAACUGUGAAGAAAUUGUGCAUUUUGCUAAGUGGGGCACUUUUGGACUAAAUGAAAUAAGCAGCAUAAUAUAUAAAGUAUUUUUUUUAUUACUAUUAUUUUUUGUUGGAGAAAGUUAACCCUUAAACUCUGUUAAAUUACAUCAAUAUGUAAUUUCUUUGGAUGAUAUCCAUACAUUGUCUAGCAAACUGGUAAUGAUCCAAUAUUCAAACUAAUCAGGUAGAAGUUAUCUUUUACCAACCAGUAACACCAAAUUCUUGUAAUUAAUUUUUCAUUGAAAUUUGUAUCAGCUAGAGGGGAGUGAUAACAAUCAGAUCCUCAGAGUAAUAAAGGGUAACAUGAAAGAAGUAAGUCUGUUCCAGGCAAUCAGGCUGUGGAGACAAAGAAAAAAAGCAGGGGUGAACAAGACAAAAGAUGUGAGGGGACUUGCUCCAUCUCAGAAAAUUGGGGAUUCUUCUUGUCCAUUUUGUUCCCUUUCUUUCUUCUUUUCUUUCUCACUAGUCUCCACCUUCCAAGAGUCUAGAGCAGUCAGGAAGGGAAGAGUGUCAAAGCUGAUCCAUUUUUUUUUUCUUUUUCUUUUUCUUUUUUUUUUCAUCUGUAUGCACCAUGCUUAAAUUAUUUUGCCUAGAACUCCUCAGUGAUUUAAUACCGUGAGAAAAUUAAUCAAUAUGGCUUCAUCUGACUUCCUUGAAAAAAAAAGGAAAAAAGGUAUCAUUUAUACAAACAAACAGAAAAUAGAAGGUAACUAUCAAAACGUAAAGGUUGCAAGAUUUUAAAGAACUUUAUUCAAGAAAGGAUCUUAUUUAUCUAGUUCAAGAAUUCUUUUAACAUAAUCCUUGCAAAGAUUUGAAGCAGACAUGUACAAAACAGAAUUGCGUUUGCCUAGUCUGAUUUUAAGUGGCUGUUUCCUCCAGAGAGAAGGAGUCCUAUGCUUGGCUUGUUUGGCUGGUCUGGUUUUGUUUGACUGUUUCUUUCGUACUUUCUUUAUUAUUCAAUUUUCUAUUCUUUUUUUUCGUCGUUAGUGUCUCUUUUUCAGCUGCGGAUGCAGCUAAGCUAACAAUUCUAACCAACACUUGUAUAUAUGUCAAAUUUCCCAUUUUCUAUUUCAGCUAAAUACUUAAAAAACCCGACAGCAUUCUUGUGUUAGAAUUGUGAAACUUUGACUAAUUGCUGAUAAUUGUUCCAAAUUGUUCAAUCAAUUUUUAUAAUUUCAUAUUCUACAAGCUACAACUGAGAGUAUUGAAAUAUCAUUUGGGUUGGGAACAUUCCUUGUUGUAGAAGGUGCCUUGUAGUUGGUUGUCAUUGGUAACCAUAAGGUUUGUGGAGUGGGAAUGGGGGGGGGGGGGGUAAGUGUAAGUGUAAAGCAAACAAAUUUGUUUUCAGAGAGGCCCUUAAUCGUGAGAACUUUUAUUUAUAAAUAUACUCUGAGAUUCACUGUUAUUUGCUAAUUUAAAAAAAGCAAAAGAGAAUUUAUUGCAUUUGAUUAUUGUAAAUGUUCAAAAGAUCUAUUGUUAAUUAUGUAUUGGUAAAUUCUUUAAGCAAAAAUUUGAGGAGGCGAAUACUAAGAAUUUAGUUUUAAAAAAUUGAUAGAAAUCUAAUUUUAUUGUUUCAGUUUCCUCAUUCUAAGCGUUUGCUCAUUUUCAGCAUUUGAAGAGGCGAAUACCAUCAAUUUAGUAAAUGAAAUUGAUAGUAUAAAGUUAUGAAAUAACUUAAUCGUUUGUUUCCUCAUUUUUCAGCGAGAUUUGAGGUUGAACUGAACAAUAUGCCUAGAAAAUUACAGAGAAGUCUAUUAAUUUAUAUUUAUAAAGUUUUAAGUUCAUGUAUCAUAUUUGAUGGUUUAUGGCUUAUUUUUCCGCAAUUUUCUACGAAUUUUGCCUUUAAGUGUUGAAAGAUUUAGAUUGGUCUGUAGUUGAAGAUUGUACGGGUUGUCAGAAAUGUUUUUUGGAUAUGAUUACUUUAGGAAAUCUCGCUUACUGACUCGCUCUUCAUUGUUAUAUGUAUCUUGUAUAGGGAAGCAGAACCUUUUUUUUUUUUCACGAUAGCAUUUCUGCUGGUAACAACCUGUUUGGAAACAAAUAAUUCUUUGUCGAAGAGUGCAAUUUAAUUGAGUGUCGUAAAAUCCAAACCUGCUUUCAGAAAGCAUUCUGUUCCGUUGUUCUUGGCUGCUAUUCAGCAGCUGUGAUUGGUGCAUUUCGGGGAUGUGUUCCCUCAGCGGUGCGCUGUUGCAUUUCUUUCCUGUUAUAUUUUUUUUCUCGUUAAUUGUUUUUAGUUUCGCGUUUGAUUGGUGGAGAGGGUGGCACGAGUUAUCGUAGCCAAUCACAGACCUACGUGCAGCAAACCCAGUAUAAUCCCGGUCUGCAACUGAAAGCAAACCUUGGUUUUAGUCGACACUCGAUUUUCCUUAACGGAAACUUCUGUAGUGAGGCUCAUAAAAGAUUCCUCCUACAUGAAGAGUUACUCUUGCUAUGAAGUUAACAGUUUAUGUAAGAGAUAUCGUAAUCAUUGAAGUAAUAAAAAAUCCAACCGUUGCUGUCA